AUGAAAAGCGAGAUUGUGAGCUUGUUCGAGGAGGAUAAGGACCGAGCAAAGAGGCUAUCAAGAAAGACCGAGGUUGGAGAUGAGUUCAUAUACUACGACUUCUCAAAGACUCAUAUUACCGAGGAAAUAAUUGACGAGUAUCUGGAAAAGAUGAAGGACUAUGGGAAGAAGAUCGACGGGAUGUUCAGGGGAGAGAAAAUAAACUUUACUGAGGAUCGAAAGGUUUUACAUGUGGCACUAAGGGACAAGGAUGUGUUGAAAAUGAUUGACGGGGCUGGGGAUGCAAAGCUAGAUGAGGAUCGUAGGAUGGUUUAUGAUGAGCUGGUGAAGAUCAGGGGAUUUGUUGAGGACUUCGAUGGAGGAAAAAUAUGUGGUGUGACUGGGAAGAGGCUAGAGACCAUUGUGAACAUAGGAAUAGGGGGAAGCGAUCUUGGGCCCAGGAUGGUGUGUGAUGCCCUAAGCCAUUAUGGAAGGAAAGGGAUAGAGACAUACUUUAUCUCGAAUAUAGAUGCAACAGACACCAUCAAGGUUUUCGAGAAGAUUGAUCCCGAGAAGACCCUGUUCAUUGUGGUGAGCAAGACAUUCACGACUCUUGAGACAAUAAAGAAUGCAGAGCUUGCCAUGAAAUUCCUAGAGAAAAGGCUGGGAAGGAGUAAGUCUGAGAUUGCAAGCAAGCACUUUGUUGCAGUGAGCUCGAAUGUUGAGGAGGUCAAAAAGCACAAUAUCUCAAGGGUGUUUUCUAUGUGGGACUUUGUUGGAGGAAGAUUCUCCUUGUGGUCUGCCGUGGGAAUGUCUAUAGCUCUUUAUAUAGGGUUUAAUAACUUCAUGAGGCUGCUUAAGGGGGCCUCUGCGGUGGAUGAGGAGUUCAGGAAGAGCAGGGGAAGGUCGAAUGUUGAGAUGGUCCAUGCUAUUGUGGAGAUAUUCUACUCUGAAAACGGAUACAACAACAAGUGCCUGGUUUCUUAUGACCAGUACAUGGAGAAGCUCUACCUGUAUCUGCAGCAGGCAGAGAUGGAAAGCAACGGAAAGCAGUCGUCGAGAAACGACACUGGGCUGAUUAUAUGGGGUGGUCUUGGAACGAACACCCAGCACUCUUUCUUCCAGUUGCUGCACCAGGGGACAAGGAAGAUACUGGUUGAGUUUGUCAUGCCUCUUAGGCCACUACAUGAUGAGGAAGAGUACCACCGGAUGGUUGUUUCGAACUGCCUAGCACAGAGCAGGGGCCUUAUGGUUGGUAGGAAGGAGUCUACCCCUGAGAAGUCGUUUGAAGGAAACAAGCCAAGCAUCACUGUCUGCUAUUCAAGGCUUACACCCGAGACUCUUGGGGGGAUGAUAGCACACUACGAGCACAAGAUAUUCAUUCAAGGGCUAUACUGGGGAAUCAACUCUUUUGACCAGCCUGGGGUUACCUUAGGGAAAAAGAUAGCGACCGAGGUGUUUGAAACUCUUGAACGAAAAGAGGACGGAAAGUAUGAUGGGUCUACAAACGAGAUGCUCCGUCUGAUGAAGUGCUGCGGAAAGUGA